UCACGGCCAGAUAUGUGUCUUGACCGUCCAUUUGCGCCCUCUGAACGCCAAUCGAGGACUGCUCUCUCCCGGGAACCAUCAUGUCGAGACCGCAGAUUGGCAUCGACCGUCUCCCGACCCGCCGAGUCACCAGCGAGCCUCGCGAGGCCAUGAACUGCAAGAGCUGUCGGAAGCGAAAGAUCAAAUGCAACCGCACCCGUCCCACCUGCGAAGCCUGCCAGGUCUUCGCCUGUCCGUGUAUCUACGAUGCCGUCCCCAAGAAACGAGGGCCCAAAACCGACGUCCUUGAAGCCCUCCUGAAGCGAGUCGACGGCCUGGAGAAACGGCUACAUUCCGAAGGCAAGAGCGAUGUUGUUACCGACUUCGACUCCUCCACCAGCCAGGACAACAACGGAGACGCCAACAGAACGAAGCCGCCUGCGCCGUUGCCUCCCUCCAGCCGACCUUUGCUCGACAUUGCGCCGAAUCCAGCGACUUCUGCGAGCCAGCUGAGGUCUCCCAUAGAGCCAAGCAUCCACACACCAAGCAUCGUACCCGACCUACUGCUGGACACCUACUUUGCCAGGAUCCACGGCAAGCCCUACCACAUUCUGGACGAGACCAUAACAAGACAGCGCAUGCAGACCAAUCAGCUCCCGUCCUACUUAGCCUACGCCAUCUACGCAGUCAGUGCCCGCUAUGCACCGCAUUUUGGCGGUUACAAUGCCGCCGUAAGAGUCGGCCAAGAAUACGCACGGCGCUCCCGUAUGGAGCUGGAUAUUGAUGAGCCCUCUAUCGAAACCCUGCAGACCCUGAUGCUGCUCGCCCAAGCGAACUUCCAGAUUGGCAAGGGGAAGAAGACGUUCAUGCUCCUCACUUCUGCCAUCAGCAUGGCCUUUGCGCUGGAUCUCCAUCGUGAGCUGCCCCUCUCCAUGGACGUCACGCCUCUGGAGCGAGAGGGCCGGAGACGGCUCUUUUGGAGCUGCUACCUCAUGGACCGGUUUGCGGCCACAGGGUCCAAGAGACCCUCGCUGAUCGCGGAUGAAUCCAUUGUACUUCGCUUGCCGUCCUGGCAGCUUCACCCAGGCGCCAUGUCGCUUGAGGGCGACUUCUUCCCCAACGGCUCCAAUCUACAGUACAUGGCAGGUUCGGGCAAGGGCACCCAGGGGAGCAUGGGCAUGCUCAUCGGUAUAGCAAAGAUCCUGGGCAUAACGAACCGGUACCUCGCAGCCGGGGGUGUGAAGGGCGACUCUCACUUCCCUUGGCACUCGCUGUCCAACCUUUCCAAGAUUCGACAGGGACUGGACGUCUGGGCCUCGGAAACCCAGGACACCUUCACGUCGAUUGAGACGCUGUUUGGCCAGCCGGACAGCACCAUAUUGGUCCUGAGCAAGCUGAUCUAUCACCUCGUACACUGCCUCAUCUAUCGGCCGUUUUUGCCGAUAGACCUGGCCGAGCUCUCGGGCACGUCGCAGCACCAAUCCUGGCAGAUCGAGGCCACAAACCUCUGUUUCCUCCACGCCAAUGCGAUUGCGGAACUGGUCGAGAUUGGCAGGGCUUCCUCCAUCCUCGACUGGCCUGCCUUUGUGGGAUAUUGCGUGUGCACCGCCGGCACCAUACACGUCCAUGGCGCCCACUACCCGGGACGCGAAGGCGAAGUCUUCUCGGUCAGCGCCGAAUUUCUGUCCCGGGAAAUGCACCAGCUUUCCGAGUUGAGGUUCAUCUGGGCCGAGGUGCAACAUCAGCGCGACACGCUGCAGGCCAUCUACGCCUGCCACACGGAGCUGGUCAAGUCGCUGGCGAGCAAUCCGAUGCGCUUCUCGCCCGUGUUUCAGCUGGAGGACUUCUUCGAUCGAUACCCGGGACAUGUGUUUGAUGGGGCCCACGUUACGUUUACGGAUGUGCAGGUCGAGGCGGUGCAUGAGAGCAUCUCGACCUACAACAUCGAACAACGCAACAACAUGUACAUGAGCUCGAGCAUGAUCAACCUCAGCUAUCCCAUCCAUGCCAUCCCCACCAGCUCCUACGGCAACGGGCAGCCGGCCAAGAAGCGGCGCUCCACCACAUCCAGCUCGACGAAAUCGCGCAUCCAAGCGGCGACGCUACCCACCCCGACAUCAGCCACCCAUCCACCUGUUCAGGACCCAUCGACGAAUGGCCCGGCAAUAUCGUCGUCUUCGUCACAAGAUGUUUCGACAUGCAUCGACAUGCCGGCUCCAACAUCCAGUCUCUCGAUCCCCUUUUCACCCAACUUCUCCUUCUCGCCCCUCCCCAACCUCCCCUCUCCCAUCCCUUCUUCCUCACCCCUUCACACAAACCUUCAUCGGCAGGAUCACGCAGCAUUUGAUCUGCACCUCGCAAACCUUCCGACCCCUUAUGACCAACAACAACAUCAACAACAACAACAACAACCACCACCACCACCACCACCACCACCACAACCGCAACAACACUCGACGCCCGGCGCCAGCUCCGCGCACACGGACCCGGCAGAUAAAGACCCGUUCCUCAGUUUGCUGGAGCAGCUGGCCGAGAACGAGAUGGACCUGGGGGCUGGGGGUGGAGGCAUGGAAGGGAUGGGGAGCGGGAGUCUGGAGAGCGCGAGUGAGUUGGAUUUGUUUUUUAGGGGCCAGGGAGGGUAGGGUGAAGCUGAGCCGAAGAACUGCGCAGCACCACUGCGCUUGGCGACCCGAACCGCCAACCGCCCCAAUACUAUUGAACUCUCAAAGGAUCAACUACAACGGCAUCGUAAUAUAGUCACAUGAUACAUACAUCUAUAUCCAGGCCGUUUCUAGCUAGAUAGCCACGGGAGAAAAACACCAAGCAUGAAACACGAGGUAUUCGUCUUGCUAAAACUCCGCCGGCGGGUAUCACAUCUAUGUCAUCGUGACCAGUUCCUCGGCGGAAACGGGGUGGAUGGCCUGGAAAAUCGAAGAGUUAGCCAGGUAUAGAUGAAACGGAAGUGAUUGGACGUGGUAGGUGAUCGACGUGCAUGCGUAAU